CUGCAAGCAACAUUUACAUUCAUUCGCCAAAGAUGCUGCGCCGUCAAACCCGUGAGCGUCGCGAUUACCUUUAUCGGCGAGCGUUGCAGCUUCGCGAUGCUUCAAUCGCCGAAAAGCGCGCCCAGUUGAAAGCCUCUUUGGCCUCUGGAAAACCUCUUGACCCCUCCAUUGCAAACGACAAAUCACUCCGUGAAGAUUUCAAAUACGAUGAAUCAAAGGAUGAGGUGGAUGUGGAUGACGAAUAUGCCCUGACAUCCGGUCUGAUUGACCCUCGUCCGCUGGUUACUACGUCUCGCUCGCCUUCUGCUCGCCUAGGAGCUUUCGCCAAAGAAAUCCGAUUGCUUCUCCCGACUUCGAUCCGUUUGAACCGUGGUAAUCUCGUCAUGCCCGACCUGGUGUCCAGCGCAACCUCCGCCUCCUUGACCGAUAUGAUUCUUCUGCACGAACACCGUGGUACACCCACCGCCCUGACAGUCUCGCACCUGCCCCACGGUCCGACUGCCAGCUUCUCUCUUCACAAUGUCGUCCUGCGAGCGGAUAUUCCCAAUGCCGACCGAGGCACCGUUUCCGAGAGCUACCCUCACCUGAUCUUCGAGGGCUUCACGACUAAGCUGGGCCAGCGCGUUGUCCAGAUCUUGAAGCACCUCUUCCCACCCCGUGAACCUGGCAAGGUUGGCACCCGCGUUGUCAGCUUUGUGAAUAAAGAGGACAGCAUUGAGGUGCGUCAUCACGUUUUCGUGAAGAGUAGCUACCGGGAUGUUGAACUCGCAGAGGUCGGUCCUCGGAUGACAAUGCGUCUCUUCGAGAUUCGUGGCGGUACCAUGGAGAAGGGUUCCACGGGCGACGUGGAGUGGGCUCUUACCCAGUACACGAGGACCAGCAAAAAGAAGGACUACCUUUAGAUUUCUCACGAGGUUGCAUUUUGGUGUCGGCUGCAGGCGCGCAAAGUUAUGGUACAGUUGGUCUGGUUUUUCUUUGGGGGCAAGCUUUGGCUUAGUCCAUUGGUGCAUUGGAGUUUAACGGUCAACUAAAAAGGCAUUUUCGCCAGUUCAUGUAUAUCAUUGUUGGUGCUGUCCCUAUACCCUGUUGAGAGUGCGAGGGCAAUUUCAAGCUUCAAACGAAUAAAGAACCAAUUAUCAAAGCACAACGAAAAUCCAUCCUUCAUCUCCAUGUAAA